UCCAACUUCUUCCGUCGUUCCAAUCUAGACUGCGCCUCCCCGAGAGCGACGUGUGAAUUCGGGACUCCCUCCCUCGCGGCCCCAGGUUCAGGUCCCAUACGAUCCAUUCCCAGAUGGCCAUACCCAUAACGUAUCCAUCUCCCAUACCACUGUCGCAUUCUCCCCUUUUCUCGGCGCCGCCAGUUGGUGAUGAGAUGCUGAAUGGCAGUUAUCAAAGCUUAUCCCAGACGGCCAAUGGGGCAAGGGCAACUUUGCUUGUUCCUGCAGUUGGACCAUCUCGUUCCCUAGCUUCCUGUCCACUCCCCAUCCCUCCCCUUCCCUUCUAGAAACACCGACUAACCAUUUCCAGCCUGAAAGAGUCUGACAUGCAUUCAUCUGGAAAAGAUUUUCUGGUCUUGAAACUCGAAAAAGAAGAGGAUGGGCGAGACGGCAUCAUAUCUCUGACAAAACCUGCCGAGCCUCCAUCAGGCAUGAAUGACCGCCAAGGGAAUCCGGAUUCUUCUUCUGAAAAGAGGGCCCGUGUCGACCAUGAUGCUUCUCUUGGCAUCUCGUUGUUGCCUGUUCGCUUGUGCUCUUCGGUCCACCAGCGUAACCGUUCAGGGCAAAAGGGCCAUUCAGGGUCUGACUGAAGACGCUUUCGCUGUGAAAAGAACUGACGACAAUGCAGCGCCUGUCCUCAACCGGCCAAUGAGCCGCCGAUAUGCUCCCAGGUACCGUGGGCGGACCCGUGGCUUACCCCUGACAAUACCACCCCGAGUCUGGACCGCGAGUGUGGACCACCCACCUCAGUGUUGCCCUUUUUAGCAUGAAUCUCCGGUUAGCGAUGCUCCAUGUUGGUCUCCCAUGUCAGCCUCAACAGGCCCGGGGAGGACCUCUCGGUUCCUAGGUCCCACUCGGCUGGAUGUGCCCUCCAAAGCCCCCAAUGUAUUGGUGAAGAACGUACAGCCGCGCGUGUCAGAACAAAAAGCCCAGAGCCCCCCAAAGAUGGAUGAUCUUGUUCUUCUCUUGUUUUGGUGCCCCAUCAGCCAAGACUAUCUCUUUGCUGCUUCAGUAGCUACUAUAUUUUCAGAGCAUCUUUUUUUGCUCGUCCUCUGACGU